UGUGAGCUUUGUGGCCACAGGCCGCAUCGAAGUCUUAGAGGCCAAGAUAGACAAUCUUCAGCUUUCCGGCCUCUCACCUGAAGAAGCCUGGGAAUUAAUUAGGGUUGCCCCUUCAGUCCUCAACAUGGCCGAGGAUACCUUUAAGAAAAAGAUGGACUUUAUGCUGAAUCACAUGCGACUCUCUAUGGACUUUGUGACAAAGCAUCCACGGAUGUUUACAAUGAGUUUGGACAGGGUAAUGAGGCCCAGGUUUUUGGUUUUGCAAAGUAUGACAACAAUGAAUGGAGCGGAGGAGGUUAAGCCGACGCGAAUUUCUUCUAUGCUGUUGAUGACCGAGGCCAAGUUCGUUGCCCAGAUCAUAGAAGGACAUCCUGAAUCUGCUGCUCUGUGGACAGUUUAUAAAAAUGCCACUGCUAAUGUUUCAAGAAGCUCAAAGAUUAAAAUGUUUUCAGCUUCUAACAGCAAGAGAACAGAGCAAAUGCUGGGAAAUACUCAAGAUUUGGAGGAUUAUUUUUUACAUUAUCGUCAAGAACUUCCUGUGCAUGCACCUACUGCAACAACAUUGAGUGAUGAAAUUCCACCUGUUCUUAAUUCUGUGUCAGAGCCUCCUCCAUCGUUUGAUGGAACCACAAGACCGUACAUCAAUUUGGCCUGUCCCUAUGCUCAGCGUGUUUGGACUGCCAGAAACUACAAGGCUGUUUGCCUUUAAUUUGGCUUAUCUAAUUUGUAUAUGCAUGGUUUUAUAUAAGAUAACGAUUAUCAGAAGUGUAAACUGUAAGAGAUAAUAUCCUUGUGUAAAAUAAAAUGAAGGGCUUGACUGAUA